GGGCUGUGGGUUCGAGUCAGGGCGCCAGAGAGCGAGCGAGCGAGCGAGCAAGGCGUUGAGUGUGCCCAGGAGAAGCAGAGGAGGAAGCGAUGCUGCCUUGCGCCCUGCGCGUCCUUCUGGCGACCCUGGUGGCCGCGGCCGGAGCCCCCGACGCCGCGACGCCGCCCUGCGAGUCGGAGAUGAACAAGAUCAAGGACCUUCUGCAGGUGAGCUGCGUGGGGCGGGGGCUGAGCAGCGUCCCCGCCGGGCUGCCCACGGACACGGGCAUCUUGCUGCUGGGCUCCAACCGCCUGAGCCGCGUCUCGCUGGCCUCCUUCCAGCACCUGAGCGCGCUGGUGGAGCUCGACCUGUCCAACAACAGCCUGAGCGCCCUGGACACCGGCGGCGGCGCCUCGCUGCCCGCCCUCCAGCAGCUCGACCUGUCGCACAACGGCCUGCAGAGCCUGCCCGCCUUGCAGGGGAUGCCCGCGCUGAGGCGCCUGGCCCUGGCGCACAACGCGCUCUCGCGGCUGCCGGCGGGGGGAUUCCUCGCCCUGCGCGCCCUGGAGGAUCUGGAGCUGCAGGGCAACGGGAUCCGGGAUCUGCCCGAGGGGGCCUUCGAGGGGCUGCAGAAGCUGAGGGACGUGGACCUGGCCGACAACCUGCUGGAGGAGCUGCCCCGGGGGCUGCUGGCCGGGCUGGGCAGCCUGGAGAUCCUGCGCCUGGAGAGGAACCGGCUGCAGAGGGUGCCCGAGGGCUUCUUCCCCGAGGAGAACUACUUCGCCUACCUGUACCUGGCGGGGAACCCCUGGGUGUGCGACUGCGCCCUGGUCUACCUGCGCGACUACAUCCUGGAGUACGAGACCAGCGUGUAUACUCGCGUGCAAGGCCCCGGGAAGGAGAUCACCGAGAACAAGCCCGAGAGCGUGGAGUGCCAGGCGCCCGCGCCCGAGAAGGGGCGCCCCGUCAUGCACUUCCAGGCGCACUGCCAGGGGCCCGAGGGAGACAGCGACGGGGGCCAAGGGGAAGGGGGCGCCGCCACCACUGAGCCCCACGCCACUGUCCACACACCACUGGUCUCCAGCACCGCCGCGCCGACCACGAGUGUCCACACCCCACCCUCCACCGCAGGGCCAGCCACGAGUGUCCGCACCCCGCCCUCCACCGCCGCUACGACCACGCGUCUCCACACCCCACCCUCCACCGCAGGGCCAGCCACGAGUGUCCGCACCGCACCCUCCACCGCCGCGCCGACCACGCGUGUCCGCACCCCACCCUCCACCGCAGGGCCAGCCACGAGUGUCCGCACACCUUCCACCGCCGCACCGACCACGCGUGAACGCACCAUACCAUCCACCGCCGCACCGACCACGCGUGAACGCACCAUACCAUCCACCGCCGCACCGACCACGCGUGAACGCACCGCACCCUCCACUGCAGCGCCGACCACGAGUGUCCACACCACACCGUCCACCGCCGCGCCGACCACGCGUGUCCGCACCCCACCCUCCACUGCAGCGCCGACCACGCGUGUCGCCACACUUGCUCCCAUCACCACCGCACCAUCUCCCCGUGUCCCCACUACGGCUCAAGAAAACCUCCCCGGUCCUGUUCUCACCUCCACCCCGGAGCCAGCCGCUUCCACAAGUCGCAUGCUGCCCGCAUCAACUCUCCAACCCCUUCCGACGGCGGUGGCUGCCACUUCUCGUCCUCUGCCAAGUGCCACGGCCUCGCCAGCCCUGCCACCUCUCAGCACUUCAGCUCCCAGUCGCUGCCCUCCUCCCGCCCCUUGCCACUGCUCCUUGCUGCCAGCCACAGCCCCGCAGCGGAGUUGGCACUGGUCGCCCAGGACCUGGGCCGGCUGGAUGGCUGCCCACUGCUGCCUGCUGCGCCUGGUCCUCUACGCUGCCUGCCUGGCACUGGCGGUGCUGCCCACCUUGGCUCUGCUGUGUUGGUUGGGGUGGCUGUGUGCCAGCUUGCAGCGCCCAGCCCUGCGAGGUGGGGCGGGGCCCCGGCUGGUCAAGUACCGCCAGCUGCAGCAGAAGGACGCUCCCCGAGGGUGGCAGGUGGAGGGGCUCCAAGCGCAGGGUCCUCUCGCCGUGCCCCGCACCUACCGCGUCUGCAAGGUGUUUGAGGCCGCCCCCUCCCGCCACGUCAGCUGGCUCUUCGUCAGCCUGCCGGGGCCAACGCAAAAGUGGCCCUGGCAACGCGGGAGAGGCCGGGCGCCCUCUGCCUACAGCUUGGGUCGCGGGCAAGACGCCAUUGGGGCUGUGCGGGUGAGGCAUGGCACCGGCACUUUGUAGGGAGGUCCGAGGGCCAAGGGACCCCCUGCGAGGGCAGGGAUGGAGAAUCGUAGAAUCGGAAGGGGCCCCUUAGGGUCAUCUAGUCCAACCCCCGGCAAUGCGGGAAUCUCAGCUAGAGCAUCCAUGACAGAUGGACACCCAACCGUCUUAAAAACCUCCAAGGAAGGAAGGAGGGAGACCGUUCCAUUUAGAGGCAGGGUCUUUUUGCAUGAAAAGAGAGAAAAUGAACUUGUAAUAUCAGGAUUUGAAGACUGAAAAUGAAAACUGGUUUCCAGAAGAUAGAAUGGUUGGAUUUUUCUGAGUGGAUACUGCAUAUUAUCUUUCUUUAAUCUCUUCUCUCUCCUCCUCUUCUUACUUUCCUCUCUCUCUUUUCCUUUCUUCUCUUCUUUUUUUAGAUUAGAUAGCUGUUUUAUACAAAAAAUAUGCUUUGUAAUGGGUAUAAACUGCUGUAUAUUUUGGAAUAAGUACAGUGGUACCUCGGGUUACAUACGCUUCAGGUUACAGAUACGAUACGAUAUCUUUAUUGUCAUU